UUGAAACGCAGUGAAGUUAUUAGCGAAUUUUUACAUGUGGAGUCUGUCAGACGCCGCGCGAGUACUUUUGUUAAAAUAUUGUUCAUCGAUUUUUUCGCAAAAUGUCAAAGAGAUUUUUUGAUCCACUUGUUGAAAAAGAUGCAGAAAUUCUGCGGGAAUUAGCUGAAGACGACAGCAAUGUAUUGUCGGAUGCUGAGGAUAGUGAAGGUGAAGAAGACGCCGUAGAAAAUCAGUUGGAAAGCUCAGAUACAGAACAAGAAAUAUCUAGUGAAGAUGACGAAGAGGUGGAAGAACCAGUGGUUAAAAUGAUAUUGGGAAAAGAUAAAAUAACAAGAUGGAAACUACAGAUGCCUGUUCAGAACGUAAGAACUCGUUUACAUAAUAUUGUCAGCCAUUUGCCUGGGGUCAAAGGUGCAGCUAGAAAUGCAAGAUCUGUUUUAGCUUGUUGGAGUGCUUUUUUUGACGACGAUAUAUUAAACCUAAUUGUCAGUAAUACUAAUAAGUAUAUUUUUAGUAAGAAGGAUUCAUAUAGCAGAGAGAGAGACUACAAGAUAACCAACUUGUCUGAAAUUAAAGCAUUUAUUGGUUUGUUGUAUAUGGCAGAAUUCCAUAGGAAUAGUCGACUAAACACAGCAGACCUUUGGGCUAUUGAUAAUUCUGGCAUUGAGCUUCUCCGAAUAACAAUGUCUCGAAAUAGAUUUCAUUUCCCCAUGCAAAAUGUGCGGUUUGAUGAAAAAGAAACGCGGAAUGAACGGAAAAUCUGUGACAAGCUGGCUCCUAUAAGAGACCUUUUUAAAAUGUUUGUUGAAAAGUGCCAACAAAAUUAUUCUGUUGGUGAGUAUGUCACAGUCGACGAAAUGUUGCUACCGUUCAGGGGCAAGUGUUCAUUUCGACAAUACAUUCCGAGCAAGCCAUCAAACUAUGGUAUAAAGAUAUUAGCCCUUGUUGAUUCUAAAAUGUUUUAUACUACCAAUUUGGGAAUAUAUGUUAGGGUGCAACCUGUAGGACCUUACAAAGUUGACAAUAGUGCUAUAUCUGUAGUAAAAAGACUAUGUGCCCCACUGAGUGGUAGUGGAAGAAAUAUUACCGGCGACAACUCACUUGCUUCUAUUCUCUAGCAUGCACCAUGAUUCAGCCAUUGAUGUUACAACUGGUGAAAAGAAAAAACCUGAUAUCGUAACUUUCUACAAUGAGACAAAAGUGUUGACGUUGUAGAUAAACGUUGUGCCACUUAUUCGGUGUCUAGAGACACUAACCGCUGGCCGAUGACAGUUUUUUAUUCAAUGCGGAACCGAAUGGAGGGGAAGGGACGAGUAAGAAGUCCAGAAUGGAGGCUUCUGGUACCCGGAAAAGGUGUUAUAUUUGCGGUCGGAAAAAAAAUCGUAUGACUAAAUAUACCUGUAUAAAGUGUGAAAAUUAUAUUUGCCUAGAACAUGCAAACUACACCUGCCACUCCUGCAAUUAAAAAAAUUAUUGAUUUUAUUUUUUUAAAUUUUAUAUUAUUUUAUUAUGUUACUCAUCGAUUACUUUGCAGUUUAAAUUAUUAUCUUGAGUUAA